AUGGGGCCCCCGGGCAAUAGGGGAUCAUGGGGCCCCUGUGUCCUUGCCCAAACUGAAAAAAAGCCUAUAAAAAAAGGUACCAGGGGCAUCUCAUGGGGUCCCCUACUGACCCCAGGCCCUCAGGCAGUGCCCGAGUUUCCAAAUGGUCAGUCCGCCCCUGGCUGAGAGUCAUAAAUGUGAUCAGUUCCACCCAGAGGCGGACUGACAACUCAUGGGGCCCCUGGGCAAUAGGGGAUCAUGGGGCCCCUGUGUCCUUGCCCACACUCAAAAAAGCCUAUAAAAAAGGUACCAGGGGCAUCUCAUGGGGCCCCCUACUGACCCCGGGCCCUCGGGCAGUGCCCGAGUGCUCGAUUGGUCAGUCCGCCCCU